CAUUUAGAGACAGUGGCUUGGUUUUGAAAAGCGGUGUAGCGGUCAAGACCAGACCUCCGUGCAGCGGCGGCGGCAUCAACACUCUAUUUGCGGGAGGAAUAAGACAGAAUUCAACUGGAUCUCAACACGCAAUUAACAAUACGAUUGGCAAACCACACUGCAGUCAAUGCGUUUUUAAAAUAAGCUGCUGUUAGCAACAAGGGACAGGCUAUGAUGACCAUGUCGCCACUGAGAAGCGAAAUACCGUCAUGACAAUGGGAGCAUGACGUAGGAUUUGUUUGAUUUCUUCUCGGUGCGUUUGUUUUGUACAACGUUUUGGAUAUAGAAAUGGGAACAGCAUUGCCACCCCCCAUCAAGAAUCAGAUAACCAAUAUGGAAGAGUGGCCUUAAUUUUUACUUGGAUGACCGGCGAAAACCCAGUGGUUACGUUGUUGUGAAUGUGAACUCAAGGAGCAGACGUCUGGACGAUUUCAUACCGUCCAGGUUUUCAGAGCGUAAGAUGAAUUCUUUUCUUUUUUCCGAGGCUUCAUCCAUUCCCGGUGCUGCUGCCAUCCCUGUUAAUAUUGCCUCGGUCGCUGGACCUGGAGUAACCACUGCCCUGCGUAAUGAUUUGGGCUCCAACAUCCAUGUGUUGAAAACGCUCAACCUCCGAUUUCGUUGUUUUCUUGCCAAAGUCCAUGAAUUAGAACGCAGGAAUAAAUUACUAGAGACUCAACUACAACAGGCUCUACAACAAGCUCGCUACAAAGCACUUUUCAGUCGUGAUCAGGCCACUCAAACGUUUGACACUGCCUUGAACCUUCCCAUAGCGGGCCACCUCAGACAGUCGCGGCUCCCUGGUACGAUAUGGAAUUUCACGCAUUUGAGAAGACAUGGGGAACGGUUCGAAACUCUCCACAGCCCUGGAGUUUCAUGGAUGCAUCCGGAUGGGGUUGGGGUUCAGAUCGACACCAUCACCCCAGAACUGCGGGCUAUAUACAACGUUUUGGCCAAAGUCAAGCGAGAGAGGGAUGAAUACAGAAGACGAUGGGAGGAAGAGUUGUCCAAACGACAGCAGAUGGAGUCUAUGGUGGAGACUUUGCAGGAGAAUGCCCAUGAGUCGGACUCCAUCCAGACGGAGCUCACCGAGAAGGUUGAGCAUCUUAAAUCGGAGCUGGUGGUCUUCAAGAGCCUCAUGACAGAUCAAAUGUCCGACCUGGACACUAAAAUCCAGGAGAAGGCGAUGAAGGUGGACAUGGACAUCUGCAGACGCAUCGACAUCACCGCUAAGCUGUGUGACGUGGCCCAGCAGAGGAAUUCCCAGGACAUGACCAGGAUGUUCCACGUCGGCCCCACCAGGGCCCCUCCUGACCAGAGCAAGGGGGCUGUGGUAUGUAGGAGAAAGGAGCCCAAGCCUGGGUCUGAUGAGGAGGUCCCUGAGCUGGAGCCGGAGGUCCCUCUGCCUGAGGAGGAGGUGCCUGGCUCCCUGAACAUCACGGACGAGAUGAAACGCAUGCUCAACCAGUUAAGUGUUUCAGAUAAUUCCUUUGUUGCCAGGCGGGAGACGUUUGAAUUUGACGACGACUGCGACAGUCUGGCCUGGGAGGAGACUGAGGAUACGCUGCUGCUGUGGGAUGACUUCUGCAACUACAGCUCCCCUGUCCCGGCCGCUGCUAUGGCCUGCAAUGGUCAUGGAGACGCCCCAGACACAGUGUCCACUGAUGCAAGCCUUGGCAGUUUGAUUGAUGAGACCGAAACGCUGUUCAAGGACAGAGAGAAGGAAUACCAUGAGACCAUUGGACAGAUUGAGCUGGAGUUGGCCACAGCCAAGAACGAUAUGAAUCGGCACCUGCACGAGUACAUGGAGAUGUGCAGCAUGAAGCGCGGGCUGGAUGUGCAGAUGGAAACAUGCAGGAGACUAAUCAAGGGGUCUGAGCCCAAUGGGGCCAACGGCAGGAGUUCUCCCUCGUUCAGCUCUGUAGCCAGCAGCGACUCCGGGAACACCGACGACAUCCAGGACGAACUGGAGAAAGACGGAGACAGAGACGUCGAGAAAGAGGGAGAAAAAGACGGGGGGGGAAAUGGAGAGAGUGAUGGACAGAGAAAUGGUGCCCAGGAAGGAGCGACCGCGGAGGGAGAGAACCCAAACGGAAGUGGACAGACAGAGACGGACACAGAGACGCCGAAGGAGGAGGAGGAGGAGGAGGAGGAGGAAAAGAAGGGUCAAACAGAUGAGGACGCGAGCAGCAGCUGAUGCCUCUAACCAUAUCCACCUUCCACAACUCAGUAUCCAAAACCUUUAUCUCUAUUUUUUCACAGGACUUCAAAGGAGUCUUACUGACUCCUAAAUGCAAGUGUUGGUGCUUUAAAAAAAGAAUGAUAAAGAAACUCUUUGGGAACAGAUUGAAUCUCCUGCUUCAGAGGCUUACAACAGGCUAAAGGCAGACGAGAUGGUGUUUCAGCUGCAGGCUCCUUCUCACCUGCAGUGCAAUGGCAUGGCGACACGCACACACACACACACACACACACCAUUCACUCCUCUGGGGUUGCCAUUAUGGGCCAGUUAACAUAAACAAAGAAUGUCCGACACAGUACGACACCGUCAUUGUCAGUCAAAGCAAGACACCUUUGGCAUAAUGUUUUGACAUUGACUUUGACAGGUGUGAAUCACCCAUGCAGAGAACAUCUAGUGAUGGUGUGCGGAACGUCCUUCUUUUGUGUUCACCUUUGUUUGGUGUACGCAUUGUAAGCUGAACCAUACUGGCAGCUCAACACACAUCAGAGUUACAGUCACUGUUAAUAAACCGUUCACUAUCACCUGUAAAGAGAUCUGCUAUGGCUACCUGACUAUCUGGUAGGCACCCAUCCCAGUCACCUGUAAUGUGAAAUGUUGAAGGCCAAUUCAGCCAUUUCAUACAAAACACAUUCAAGACAAUCCUGUCCAUAUCAAGUUCUUAAUUCAGAAAAAAAAAAUACAAUAAUCAGGGGAUGCUCUCAAAAAAAGGCUCUGUUUUGAGCCGUGUUGCCAUGGAAGCGCUAGGUGUGUCCGUGCUGUCGUGUGCUAAUGUGUUCAGCACUCUGACCUGUAGCAGUGCCGCACCCAUUCUGGUGCGGCUGCCAUCGCUGAACUAAAGAAGCAGUAACACUGUGUACCAAGUACUAUGCAAUAAGCUUGCCUUAUUUUGAAACUAACUUUUCCUGUCAGUGUAAAUUCUGUCUCUUUUGUUGCCGGGCAGAUUUUUGUUCUGCAUUUGUUAACAGAAAUGCCUUUUUAAGAUGUAGACUUCUCUGUUAUGGGAUUACGGCCAUGAACUGGAAAAGACUCAUGUCAGAAGAUCUUCAUUCUAAAGUUAAGCCCACUGUGCCUACUAAUGCCCACGUAUACUCCUCUAUCUCCGAUUUCAAUAGCCUUUUAAUUUCUGCACAUUAUAGCUUAUUUGGUUGUGUUCUUUACACACCUGCUUUACUUAUGUUGAAUGUGUUGCUCACAUUAUUUCAUAACAAUGUGAUUGCUUCAUAACAAUGUGAUUACAAUUUUCAUCAAAUCAUGGUUCUGAAUGUUAUAAUCAGUAUGUUGUCAUAUGUGAUGAAUUCUGUCAAGUCCUAGUAUUUCUGGGAUAUGGUUAAUAAUUUAGCAUUACUAGUAUAGCAUUUUGGCUAUAGUUGCCAGUGUACAUUUUUAUAGCAAUCUAGUUUACACCAUAAAAUGAUUUUUUUAAUAAGAAUUGGAAGGAUCCCUGCUAUCUGUUUUGUCUUCAUGAACAGGCUUUCAAAAAAUGACCUCUUCUCCUUUACUGUAGGCUUAUUUAAAUCUUUAAAUCUUUUUAAAUGAUUUCCUGUGCCUAACAGUAAAUGUUAUUUUUAGUCUUCUCUUAUUAAUUCAGUCUUAUCUGCCUGCCUGCACUGUGGCAAUCAGGCAUGGGAGCAGUUUAAAAAGGGAACUCAGCAGCACUGCAAGAUGUCGAUUCUCAUUUGUUUUUUGCGGUGUCUGGUUGCGUAUAGACACACAUACCUUAUGUGUAUUUAUGUUUUUAAAGGGCUGCCCAGCUUACUGCAGUAUGCUUGCAUUCAGCUGCAACUUCAGGGGUUUGGUCACUGGAGAAAAAUCAAAACAACCUCUGAGGGUAUUUUCUAGAAUUCUAAAGAAUAUUAGCCAUUCCAUUUCUGUCUUCAGCUGAGUUGUCUUUGACCAAGUGUCCUUGACACUGUACUGUUUUAUUUCCAAAUCUGUACAAAAUAGAAAGUUGCCUUUCCUUUGUAAUGUAAUAAUAGAGAGUGAAAAGGGAGAACAUAUUAUAAAUAAAUAUGUGACUAAGACAUUAAGUAUGGAGGAGCAUGGCUUUGUGAUUUGUUUUGAGAAUGUCAUAUGGCAAGAGUUGCCCUCUUUCAGUCUGUUUUGACAGGGUUUUAAUAAAAUGGUAUUUGCUUCUCCAUUC